CGUGUGCGAUUUGAGGGCAAGUCAGCCAAAGGUGUCACCGAUGGGCGUUCAGCCAAGACCAAGAACUUCCGUUCGCCAGCGAAUACCUAUAAAAGCUGUGAGUCCCCAAAGAGUUGGCCAAGCAAAAUGCAAGUGUUUGCACUUCAAUUGUAUAUUCUGGCAGUGGUUGCCGAGGCUUCAGUUGGUGGUCAUGCGGUGGAGCAGGAGCAACUGUCCAGCCACGGUUAUGGACCAGCCAUACAUAUUAGUUCGGGGGUUCUUCAGCUAGCUCCGGAUACGGAACAACCGCAUUUGCUACUGGUGCCCAAUGUCCAAUCCUCGUCUUUGGGAAAUCCUUGGCCGCACUUUUUUGUGGACACCUUGACCGCUUCGCACCUGCCACACUCAUCGCUCCCAAAUGUCCACGAACACCGCAUUUUGGUCAGCGAUAAUGUGGACUUUUCGCAGCUCAAAUUGCCCCAGCAUCAGGUUGUCCACUCCCAUGGACGCUAGAUGGUUUAUCGUAAAUCUAUUUACAAACUCCCAUAAAUUAUUAUUAUCCAACUGGCCUAUUUUGUUUAUUGCCUAUGGUUUUUUUUGUUGUUUUUUUAUUGCCUUUGAUUUACUAUU